AUGGAGCUGGGUGGUUUCCCAAAUGUCAGCGCCAAUGCCACCUUUGAAGGACCCGGGGACAGCGGCGGCAUCUUUAUCACUUUCUUCCUGGGGUGCGUCCUGGCCUUGAUGUGUCUGGUGGGCACCAUCGGCAACAUCUACACACUGGUGGUCAUAAACUCUUCCAUGAAGCUCGGAGGCUCCAUGUACAUCUAUAUUGUCAACCUGGCCCUGGCCGAUCUCCUGUAUCUGUCCACCAUCCCCUUCGUGGUGUGCACGUAUUUCGCCAGGGAUUGGUACUUCGGGGACAUCGGCUGUAGGACCCUGUUCAGCCUCGACUUCCUUACCAUGCACGCCAGCAUCUUCAUCCUCACCGUCAUGAGCACCGAGAGGUAUCUGGCCGUGGUGAAGCCCUUGGACACCAUCGGCCGCUCGAGGAACUACAGAAGGAUGGUCACCGGCGUCGUGUGGCUGCUGUCCUUCCUGCUGGCCCUGCCUACCAUGAUCCUCAUCGACCUGCGCACAAGCCAUCGAGAUGGGGUGACCAAGCACAUGUGCCACCCAACCUGGCAGCUGGGGGCCUAUAAGGUCUACCUCACCAUCCUCUUUCACACCUGCAUCCUGGCCCCCGGACUGGCCAUCUGCUACCUGUAUGGCAGGCUGGCCAGGACCUACUGGCAAUCCCAGACAACCGUUGUCUUUUCUGCGGAGAGAACCAAGAGGUGCCCCCGGGAAAAGGUCCUUUACAUGAUCUUCAGCAUCGUCCUCACCUACUGGAUUUGCUUCAUCCCCUUUUGGCUUUGGCAGCUGCUGAGCAUCUACGACCAGCAGCCCGGGAGUCGCGCCGGCAAUACUGGGGUCUAUAUCAACUUCCUUGUCACUUGCCUGGCCUACGGAAACAGCUGCAUCAACCCCUUCCUCUAUACUCUGCUAUCUAACAACUACAAGGAAUAUCUCCAGAGCCACCAGAAGGGCGAUCUGUGUUUGUCCAAGCUCAGGAGCAAGAGGUCUCCGCUGUCUGGGAGCCUCGGGCAAACGGAGAGCAUGGCCAUUGUCCAGAUCCAGGGAGCGCUCUGCCAGGCCAGCUCUGUCUGA